GCACGAGACUUGCCCCGAUCUCGUUCGCUGUGCCACACUGUCAACUGCAGGGCCGGUGCGGCUGACGCCCAAAGUCGCUAGCGCAUCAACACGGUGCCGGUGAUCGUCGCUUCUUUUCUCCUUGGCAAGCCGCGAAACGGCAUGGUGUGCGAUGGAGAGGACGGGGUGCUGCAUGGGACCAUGAGCCGAAGGAUGCAGUUGCUGGGAGAAGGGCUGUGGCCGUUUUAGCCCACCCGUUGCCCCGGUCGUCCUUUUCCGACGACUCUUUUCUUCUCCUUUCCGCUCCCGUCGCCAUCCCAAAGUCACCGACAAGUCUCAACGGCCACUAAGACAAGCCCCAACAUGGCCGUCAUGAGUCUCCAAUGGCUGGCCGCUGCCGCCGUCUGGCUUCCCGCCGUGUCUGCCGGCAUGGGGCGUGAGCACGCCGCUGCCGGCGGUCCCAUCCAGACGCCCGCCCCGAAGCUCAAGGACGCCGGUGUUCACUUGACUCCGCGCGUGCUCACGGCGCGCCCGGCCGCUCGGGGCUUGCUCGAGAAGCGCGACACCAACACCUGUGGUUAUGUGGAUGGCAAUUCGCGGUCCAACUAUGUCUGCGCCAACUCGGAUGCUCAAUGUCUCUACAACACCGAGGCAUCUGCCGUCGGCUGCUGCUUGACCACCGACUGCCUAAUUUACACGGCCUGCCUGCCGUUUGCCUCAUCCGACGCCACCAGGGCCUCGGACUUUGAUGCGGAGAGGACCCGGAUCUGCUCCGACUCCGACUUGCCGGCUUGCGCUGUCUUUUCGUACGCCGACCCCAGCGGGUCCCUGUCCGGCUUCACCAUCCCGACCUGUGACACCGCGGAAACGACCUACACCAUGUACUUUACCCCAACCGGCGGGAGUUCAAGCACCCGCGAGACGUCGGCAACUGAAGACUCGGAGUCAUCAACCGAGGCAGCGGCCGAGCCUUCCUCCGAACCGUCCACGCCCUCCGAGGAUGAUGACGGCAACCAGUCUCCCGCCGAGACCAGCGCCACUGCCGGUUCGGAUCCCGAAACCUCCGCCGAGGCCUCCUCAACGCCCGUCGGACCCAUCGUUGGUGGUGUUAUCGGUGGUGUUGCCGCCCUCGGCCUCCUCGGUCUCGGCAUCUUCUUCCUCGUCCGCCGCAAGAACAAGAACCCGCCCUCCCCCGCCAUGACCGCCGCCCACGCCGGACCCCCCGGCGGUCCCGGCUACAUGGGCGGCCCGCCCGGCGGUCCCCACGGCCUCCCCGCCUACGGCAACCAGGCCCCGCCUCCCGAAAUGGCCGGCAUGGCCGGCGCCUACGACCACUACAGCAUGGCCAAGCCCCCCGCCAGCCCCGUCCACUCCAUGCACCACCCGCACCAGUCCCCGCCCGGCCAGAUGCCCAGCCCCCACAUGAACGUCUCGCCCUCGGGCAGCCCGGCCCCGGCCUACCCCCAGCACAUGCAAGGGGGCAUGGGCACCCCGCCGCCCCAGCAGCAGUACCACCAGCAGCAGCAGCAGCCGUAUAAUAUGGGACCCACCCCGCCGCCGCCGCAGAAUGGUAAUGGUGGGUUUGUGCCCUACCCGGGCCCGCCGAUGCCCAUGCAGCAGCAGCAGCAUGCGGCGGUGGAGCUGCCUACGCAGAGGGGGGAUGGGCAGGUGCAUGAGUUGUCGUGAGGGGGGUUGAUGUGAAGGGUUGGGGAGUGGGGUUGCGGGUUGUGGCUUGCUUCGCUUUGUUGUUGUUAUCUUCGAUGGUGUAUAUAUUCUUUUUGUACUUGGUUGUCGAUGUACGGGUUGUGGUUGGGCGUUUAGACUGGACAUUGGGAUGUAAUUGCGCACGCGCCAGGCUCAGUUUGGGGGGGGGGUGUAUUAAUGCGAAUCUGGGCAAUGACCUCUACUUUGGUCGAGAGUGAUGUGAACGAGAUGCGGGAGUGAUGUGGUGGAGUGGUGGUAUUUUGCCCUGGGAAUGUGGGGAUCAGGGCAGCUGCCUGUCAAAUGAAUGGCUGUUUCUGUUUUAUUGCCACAUA